GCAACCACAGGAAGCGACCAUCCACUGACUCCGAGGGAAUUCGCGGGCCCACCAAACCGCUAGGCCAUUAGCCAAAGCAUCCAAACGCCCGAGAAAAAACCGCGGCGAUCGGCGGCGGCGGCGGCGGCGGCGAGGGGUACGGCUACGGCGGCGAUGGACGCGUCGAGCGAGCUGCAGUGCGUGGGGAGGCUGGAGGUCGCCGCGCCGCCGCCGGCGCGCUACCUCCGGGUGGGCUCCCUCCCCGUCCCCACCGACUCCCCCGCCUCGCUCCCCGCCCUCCUCCCAUCCUCGUCCCCAACUGGAGCUCCAAGGUAUCAAAUGUUGCCAUUGGAGACUGAUCUCAACACACUCCCGAUGAUACCAAAUAUUCCAGAAAAGGUUUUCCCGAUGGACGCAAAGAGUACUGAAGGAUCACGAUAUGGAAGUGGACUUGCCAACCAAAACUUAUCAAGGAAGUGUGAAGCACUGGCUGUGUCAGGCCUAGCUGAAUAUGGUGAUGAAAUAGAUGUGGUUGCUCCAACUGAUAUCCUAAAGCAGAUUUUCAAAAUACCAUACUCCAAGGCACAAGUAUCUAUUGCUGUUAACCGUAUUGGAGAUACACUUAUUCUAAACACAGGUCCUGAUGUUGAUGAAGGUGAAAAGAUAUUCAGGAGACAAAGCAACCACCCCAAAGGAUCUGAUCCUUCAAUGUUUCUUAAUUUUGCAAUGCAUUCAGUGAGAGCAGAAGCUUGUGAUUGCCCACCAAGUCAUCAACCAUCAAAGGAGAAGCAAACGGCAUCCGCUAUCUUGCGUGGACCAUUUGGCCAAAGGGAGGGUCCAUUGGAUUCGCCAUCGUCAUCUAGUUUUAGCACUUCACCUUAUCUGGACCAGAAUAUCAGUAAAAGUAGAAAAACAUCACAUGGUGCUCGUGAAAGCCUGUACUGGGGUGCAAGGGAAAAUAAGCAGAAAGUUAAAGGGUCUGACCCUGUUAAGAAAACCACUCAUGUUGGUGACAAACCCAGAUGCGACGUGCAAGAAUCCGAGAAAAGUAGGAGGGUGGGAAACAAUGGAUUUCGGAAGGUUUGCUUUUGGCAGUUUCAUAAUUUCCAUAUGCUUUUGGGUAGCGACUUGCUUAUAUUUAGCAAUGAGAAAUAUAUGGCGGUCAGCUUACACCUCUGGGAUGUUUCGAGACAGGUUACUCCACUGAACUGGCUUGAAGCUUGGCUAGAUAAUAUAAUGGCAAGUGUGCCAGAAUUGGCUAUAUGUUAUCAUCAAAAUGGUGUUGUGCAAGGUUAUGAGCUCUUGAAAAAUGAUGAUAUUUUUCUACUUAAGGGUGUAUCUGAUGAUGGUACACCUGCAUUUCAUCCACAAGUUGUCCAGCAAAAUGGCCUUGCUGUCCUGAGGUUCCUGCAAGAUAACUGUAAGCAAGACCCUGGUGCAUAUUGGUUGUACAAGGGUGCUGAAGAGGAUGUUAUACAGCUGUAUGAUCUGUCUAUCUUACCUCAAAAUCAUACUGCUGGUGAUCAUAGAUCUACUUGUGGUCCUAUGUCUUCUUUAAUGAAGAAGGGUAGAAAGGAGUCGUUGUUCUCUUUGGGCACACUCUUGUACCGUGUUGCUCACAGGAUGUCUUUAUCAAAGGUGCCUAGUAAUAGAGCAAAAUGUGCGAAGUUCUUCAAAAAAUGUUUGGACUUUCUCAGCGAACAGGAUCACUUGGUUGUCCGGGCGUAUGCUCAUGAACAGUUUGCAAGGCUCAUCCUUAGGUGUUACGAGGAGUUGGAAUUGACAUCUGAAUCAUUUUUGCUUGAAUCUGAAGUUACUCUUACUGACUUGGAUGAGUCUCCAGACCUGAGCCUUGAGAAUUUACCAUCGAAGCAAAAUGAAGUGCUGACAGAGAUUAGCGAGGAACCAGCAACCUUAGAUGGAAUGUUGGAAUGUUCACGGUCAGGAUCUUCUCAAGCGUCAAAUAGUUUAGUGGAUCCGGGUCAUGUUGACAUUAGUCCUGUAUCUUCAGCUACAAAAGGAGAUGUUACUGUGGAUAGCUUGGUAAUGUGUCAGUCUGGAACUCAGGUAUCAAGGACAAUUGCUGAUGCAAUAUCCUCCAAGUUGGCAGCUAUACACCAUGUAUCACAAGCUAUCAAAUCCCUUCGAUGGAACCGACAGCUCCAGAAUACACAAGAUGAUUGCGUUGGCAAUGCAGAUACCAUUUGGGAGAAACCUGUUGACUUCUCUUUAUGCCGAUGUGGUGACAUUGACUGUAUUGAAGUUUGCGACAUUAGAGAGUGGCUACCAAAAUCGAAAAUGGAUCACAAAUUAUGGAAACUUGUUCUUUUGCUAGGUGAAUCUUAUCUGGCACUAGGAGAGGCAUACAAGAAUGACGGGCAGCUUCGUCGCACUCUUAAAGUUGUGGAAUUGGCUUGUCUAGUUUAUGGGUCUAUGCCUAAAAAUCUCGAGGGUGAGCAAUUCAUCUCAUCCAUGUCCAAUAGUUCGUUGAGUGUUGAAGAUGGUGAUCUAAAGGCAAAUCUUGUUUUGGAUGAAGCAGACUAUUUCAAAAAUGCUAAAUGUUUCAAUUAUGAUGUUUCUGCUGGGCAGUUGCCUCCAAACUAUUUAUUUUGGGUUAAGGCGUGGAUGCUUGUAGGGGAUGUCUAUGCAGAAUAUCACAGAUUGAGAGGUCAACAAGCACCAGUGUUGCCUGAACAAAAGCCUGAUGGUGAAGUUAGAAUGUCAAAUGAAGUUGCAAUGGAGGUCAAACGUCUUAAGAGAAAACUGGGAAAGGAUAAGCAGAAUUGUGGCACAUGUUCACUGAUAAAUUGUAGCUGCCAAAGUGAUAGGGCAAAUAGUGGCAGCAGUGCAAGCAGCAGUAGUUCUGAGGCCUCUACACUAUAUGGAAGAAAGAAAAACAAAAAAUCAUCUGGCAGGAACUUCCAUUCACAGUCUAGAGAAACUAAAGAGAAUCCCAGCACCCAGGACUCUAUGGGAGAUUCUGAAAAAAGGUCUGUAUCGAAUGUUGAAAUUGAUACUAAUAAUUACACCAUGGAAAAUCAAUCAAGAAAUAAUGAUGGGGAUCCUGAUAAAUCUAAAGAAGAUGUUUCCAGUGUGAGGGUUGGUGGUAUCUUUAAGUUCCUUGGAGGACCUGAACCAGGAGAUGUUGAAUACAAUUUGCAUUCUGCUAUUCAUUGCUACGAUGCAGCCAAGGGAGUCAUUUUUGCAUUUCCAGUGCCCUUGGCUGAAAAAUCCACCAUUCUUAAGAAAAGAGGCUGGGCAUUCAAUGAACUGGGCUGCCAUAGGCUUGAAAGUAGAAAUCUGGGUAAUGCUGAAAUUGCUUUUGCUGAUGCUAUUAAAGCAUUUCAAGAGGUUGCUGACCACACUAAUGUUAUAUUAAUCAACUGUAACUUAGGUCAUGGUAGAAGAGCUUUAGCAGAGCAAUUUGUGUCAAGGAUAGAUGAAUUUCAGAAGUAUGAUUUUCCUCAAGAUGCAUAUAUGCAAUCCUUUAAGUCUGCUAAGUCGGAAUAUUUUCAAGCUAUAAACUAUUACACAGCAGCUAAGAGGCAACUAACAUAUGCUGACAAUGAGGUUGAUAAAGUACUUUACAAUGAGGUUUACACUCAGUAUGCCCAUACACACCUGAGGCUUGGAAUGCUUUUGGCAAGGGAAAGCUUCUUAACUGACAGUUAUGAAGGUGGAUUUGUUGAUGAAUCAUCUAAUAGAACAGUUCUUGAGAUUUCAGCAAGUGAUGCUUUCAGAGAGGCUUUGUCUACAUAUGAAUCUCUUGGUGAACAUCGCAAGCAGGAAGCCGCUUUUGGCCACUUUCAGCUUGCUUGUUAUCAGAGGGAUCUAUGCUUAAGGUUCCUCGAUUUAAUUGACAAGGAGGUCAAACAGAAGAAUGAGGAUAAAUAUCGUCAGAAAGCUAAGUGGUAUGGUUCUUUAGCAGAAAAGAACUGGCAGAGAGCUUUAGAAUUUUAUGGUCCAAAGACACAUUCUACCAUGUUCUUAAACAUCCUUAUGGCACAAUCUGCCCUUUCCGUUAACCUCUCUGAUUCGUUCCACUCAAGUGUGAUGCUUGAAAAUGCAUUGGUGCACUUGCUGGACGGUCGCCAUGUGGUUGAAGCAAAUGAUGAGUAUUCAAACGACUUGGAUCUGGACAUAAAACCGAAAUUCUGGAGCCAGCUGCAGCGCCUGCUGAAGAGCAUGUUGGCAGCUGCUCGACCGGCAGCUUCUGUCGGCCAGGCCAACGCCAGCAACAGCAGAGGAGACACCGCCAAACUAAAAGAGAUGUAUCGUCUGUCGCUCAAAUCAACCUCUCUGGGCCAGCUGCACGCGUUGCACAAGAUUUGGGUCUCCUAACACAUCUCUGUUGUACAAACAUAGACAUCAGAUUGCUCUACAAACGAGUGUUGUACAUGUUGAUUACAUCGUCAUCAGCAUCUUUGAGCUUGUAACUUAUGCUGUCUUUUAUGUUUUUAUCCAUUUGUUAUUUAUUUUUUAAAAUCUCUGGGAUGACUUACAUGCUGAUUGUAAAUUUGCAAUUGUAGUAAUAGUUGUGGAAUGUGUUGUAACUUACAAAUACCAUCGGCUUGCAUUGUAACUUUACAACGUGGAGUUGUACUGCUGCCUUUGAAAUGAAAUGCUCGUUUUCUUCAGAAUGUACCA